AUGCGACUUCUAGGGCCCGCGACCCUUGCUCGAUACAGGGGUCGUAUUUUCAACAGCCAUCCGGCGCUGCUGCCCAAGUUUGGCGGCAAGGGUAUGUACGGCAGCAAUGUCCAUCAGGCGGUCUUGGACGCAGGAGAAAGCGUAACCGGCGUAACUAUCCACCAUGUUGAUGACCAAUACGACCACGGCGCGACCCUCGCCCAGUGCGAAGUCCCCGUAUUGCCUAACGACACGCUAGAGGCCCUCGAAGAACGUGUCAAAGAGCGCGAGCGCCGCUUCUGGGUCGAAACUCUAUCAUCUCUGUCUUGUCCAUCCCAUGCCGGCGUCAACCUCGAUGCCGCGCAGGACAUCAAAGACCGAAUCAAGUCCCUCGUAGCCCCCACUCACGGCGCGCAGGUGCUCGGAGGCGUGGGCGGCUUCGGCGCGCUUUAUCGGCUCAGCGGAUAUGCCGACCCCGUGCUGGUAUCCAGCACCGAUGGCGUGGGCACCAAGCUCAAGCUAGCCAUCAUGAUGGACCGCUAUGACACCGUCGGCGAAGACCUCGUGAAUGCCUGCAUCAACGACAUCAUCGUCUGCGGCGCGCAGCCACUAUUCUUUCUUGACUACCUCGCCGUGGCCGCCCUUGAAUCCGAUGUCGUCGAAGCGUUGAUAGCGGGCAUGGCGCGCGCUUGCGAACAGGCAGAAUGCGCCCUGAUCGGCGGAGAGACUGCUCAGAUGCCCGGCUUAUACGCGGACGGUGACUUCGAUAUGGCCGGCUUCGUAGUCGGUGCAGUCGAGCGCGAUAACAUACUCGACGGCAGCGCCAUCCGCCCCGGCGAUACCAUCAUAGGCAUCCCUUCCAAUGGCCUGCACACCAACGGCUACUCCCUAGUGCGUCACGCGUUAGGACUUGAUGACGACCCGUCUCUGCUGAACGAAGUCGUCCCUGAACUUGGUGAGGAUGUAACGCUUGGCGACGCGCUCCUGCUGCCGCACCCGUCCUAUGUGGACGCCGUUCGACCUGUGCUGCCAAUGCUCAAAGGCAUGGCGCACAUCACCGGCGGCGGCAUAGUCGAAAACAUCCCCCGCAUCUUGCCCGAUAGCACAGCCGCCCACUUCGACUCAUCCGCAUGGCGCGUCCCUCCCAUAUUCACGCUCCUUCAAGAGCGCGCCGCCAUCUCUCGCGAGGAGAUGUACCGCGUCUUCAACAUGGGCAUCGGCAUGACCCUCAUCUGCGACCCCACACAGGCAGACGCCGUGCUCAACGCCAUCCCAAGCGCCGAAGUCGUCGGAGAAAUAACCCUCGACACCAACGACGAGCGCGUCAGUAUCGUAUAA